AAAAAAAAAAAAAAAAAACAACGAAAAAAUAGUGCGAUGAAUUUUCAUCGUCGUGACUAAAAGAAAAUAUUUAUAAUUUCUUUACAAAAAGUAAGUAAAUCAAGCCUGGCCUCACUCUAAACCCUUACCUUACUUACCAUACCUGAUCAUAGUCGCAAGGUUGCUUCGAAUUAAUUUCAUCGUUGGUUGAUUAUUCUGAGCCACCUGAUUGGGCCAGGGGCUUCUAGCGGGCGAUCACGCAACUUCAUCAUCGAGCACGUCAGCGCCACACCGCGUAAUCUGGUGUAGGGAAGAUAGGUAUAGGUAGCACAGCACAAAAGGAUGCAUUGAAUGCAUUAAAAAAAAUGAACUGGAGCCCGCUCCCAGCAAGUCUCGGAGCUCAUGCUCGUUAAUCGGCCUUCUUUUUACCUGAUUGGCUGUUGUGGCUGGUGAUAGCGUAGCUCAUAAUUGAUGGCUUUGCGAUGCUUUCUUUAAAUGUGCAAUGCUGUCUUAUAUUUGAAUCCAAACAUUUGCAGUUCCUCCUCUUAUAUUUGGGGUUUCUUGUCUUGUCUCAAGUACCCUUAAUUCAAUCCAAGUCGCAUGAUGGCGGCGGAGAAAUCUCUCGAACCCGCUUACAAGGCCACUCAAAGCGAUGAGGAGGCUUCUCCUGUCAAUGUUGACGAAUCCAUAGCGGUAGAUUGGACGGAAGCGGAGGAACAUGCUGUGAAGCGGAAGAUUGACUUCAUUCUGUUGCCCAUCUUAUGCCUUGCAUUCUUUGCUUUGCAGAUGGACCGAGGGAACAUCUCAAAUGCCCUGACAAGCACCAUCACUCAAGACCUUGGCAUUGAUACAAAUCAGAUCAAUGUCGGGAGUAGUUUGCUCUCGGCUGGUAUCGUGCUUUUGGAGAUACCCUCCAACGUCUUGCUCCAGCGCGUGGGACCUCAGAAAUGGUUAUCUGGACAGAUUAUCGCUUGGGGUCUGGUUGCGACCUUUCAGAACUUUAUCACCAACUAUGGCGGCUAUCUUGCUACCCGUAUACUUCUUGGUUUGUGUGAAGCAGGUUUCAUUCCUGGUGCGUUGUACACCAUGUCAACCUGGUAUAAGAAGUCCGAGACCAGUCUAAGAGUCUCCAUCUUCUUCCUUGGUAAUCUCAUUGCCGCGGCCACCACCUCACUCAUUGGUGCUGGAAUUUUGAGCAUGGGAGACCGGGACGGCAUCUCUGGCUGGAGAUGGCUCUUCAUUGUCGAGGGGGCCAUUACCAUUGGAAUCGGUAUCAUCUUUAUCCUCUUCCUCCCCCCAUCGGUUAGAGAUACUUCCCCGCUUAUCAGUUUCGGGCGGUGGUCGUACCUGAACCGACGCGAAUCGUACAUUCUCGUACGCCGUGUGAUACUUGAUGAUCCAGCCAAGUCUACAAAUCAUCUGCGUAUCUCUGGCAGCGACGUAUGGGCAACGGUUAAAAAUCCUAGGAUUCUCGUACAUGUUGUUAUCUCGAUGACGGCUACGAUCCCCGUAACCGCUAUUAACACAUACGGACCCAGUGUCAUCAAAAGUCUAGGAUACGGUGCGGUGAGAGCUAACGCCAUCGCAAGCUCCGGCUCUUUCAUCGCUGCAAUUAUGACCGUGUUCUUGGGUUGGAUAUGUGACACGACGAAAAGAAGAGGACCGGCGCUGCUUCUCGCUGGGAUCUGGAGCUUAAUUGCGUUCACAUGUCUGAGAGAGUCGUGGAGGUGGAGCGCAGAUAGAAAGUGUGUUGCUGUAAUAUUUUCCAUGGCCAUGAACUCAACGAUCCACAUUCUCAAUGUUGGCUGGUUAUCGGUCAAUUGUCAAAGCCCGCAACAGCGUAGUGUUGCCAUGGCGAUGAUCAUCAUGAGCGCUAAUGCUGGCGGAAUUGCCGGAAGCCAAGUCUUCCGAACCCAAGAUGCCCCUCUCUAUCUUACAGCGAUCACCGCUUGCCUAGGGCUUGCCGUAGCAUCUAUUGUAGAAGUCAUCGGGCAAAGCACAUGGUACAUACUGAGUAACCGGAAGUUGGAGAAGAAAAACGACGGUCCUGUUGUGGUAGGAAAAGUGGAACAGACACCGGAUGGACGGGGAGUUGAGCUGGUAAGAAAAUGGAGGUGGACAUUGUGAAUAAAGUUGCAGCCAUCUGCUUGUAAGAACGUAGGCGGAUGAAGCAGAAUGAGAAGGGGAAGGAUAUAUUGUUGGUAUGGUCCAACAUGAAGCGAGUGCUAGACGUCGCUCGCUUCUAUAUGAAUCUAGAUGUUUAGACCACAUACACAUACGUAUCAAGGUAGCUGCAUAUCAUAGAAUAACCGAACUGUUUGUAGCACGUAUUCGGGUUCAUGUAUAUUCUGGUGUAGUUAUGUACGCAACCAUGUCAGGCUCAGAGUGUAAUGUGAUACCUUUUCAAUACUUAGUUGAUUAAGUAUUUACUAUUAUAAUGUCGUAGUAUCAAGAACAGAAAUUCGUAUUCGGGUUGGCGGACUGAAAAUGAUUGAUUGGUUCAUAUGUUAAUUAGCAAAAUCAAG